UGCGCGAUGUCAGGGACCGUUAUUUAGGUCUUGUUUAGUCGGGGAUAUUAACGCGGAAAAUAAACUUAACUUUAUAAAACAAGCGACUACUUCUUAUGUUAAACCAAUUUUAAAAUUAUAAAAAUCUACGUCUGGCUUAAUAAGCAAUUAUAAAGUUACAUGUUCGGAUUGCAUAAUUUAUUAGGACACUGAAAGGAAAUAAUGCAUGUUGAAGUAACUACUCGUUAUAAGGUGCAGUUUACAUUAUAAAUAUCCAGCAGGAUAUGCGGUGUAACAUUGAUGUUUUAGUUUAAUAUAACGAAAGGACUUGGUUCACCGAGAGAGCAUGCUUCAAGACGAGAAUUAUAAGUGUAUGCUUGACGAUCAAAGCUUGCUUAAAGCUAAACGGGAGCUAAAUGAAGACCCGAAAGAAAGAGUCGGUGCGUUAAAGGCACUCCGUGAAUGGGUGACACAGCAAAAGUGGUUGAAGUCUCCGUUAGAUGCAAGAUACUUGUUGGGAUUUUUGCGAGCCAGAAAAUUUAGUCAGCUUGGUGCACGUGAACUUUUAGAAAACUACUGGACAGUUAGGACAAAAUAUUCCGAUUGGUAUGAUGGCGUAGAUUCAUCAGAUAAUAGAAUACAAGACAUAAUUAAACAAGGCGUUUACAUUCCACUUCCGGGUAGAGAUAAAGAAGGGAGGAAACUCGUUAUUGUAAGACUCGGUGCGAUGGACCCGAAAGGUAAAAUGAACACAUUUGAGGAUGUAAUGCGAGCGAACCUGGCUCUAUUUGACUAUAUUCUACUGGAUGAAGAUAUUCAAGUUAAUGGGCUUGUAUUUGUCAUUGAUAUGACUGGAUUUUCCAGACAUCAUUUUGUCUCCACUGGUAUGGAAAACACGAAGAAAUGCAUGAUUGUUACACAGAAAGCAUUGCCUGGCCGGAUAAAGGAGUUGCAUUAUUACAACACUGGUGCUGUAUUUGAAAGUAUUUUUAACAUGAUCCGACCUAUGAUGAGUGAAAAAUUGAGAAAUAGGGUUCACGUUCACGGACAGAAUUUAUCAUCAGUUUAUGAUAAGAUAGAUCAGUGUAUGUUACCUGAGGAAUAUCUUCCUGAUGAUUAUACAGGGGCACACGCUGGAACAAUACAAGAAAUAUGCAAUAAUUUGGCAUCAGAUUUGUGCAAACCUGACGUAAGAGACUUUAUUCGUGAUUUACACAGUGGGAAAUACGGUGUUGAUCUGACAUUAAAGCCAAAUGACGACACGCCUCAAGCCUCGUUCAGAAAACUCAACGUCUCCUGAGCCGAUUAUAUCAUAUCAUUAUACUCAUCAAUAACUGUGAUUACCUUUCAUGGCUUACUUCUCAAGUUGACAAACGUUUCCAGAAACAAGUUGCUGCCUUACAGGGAAAUAAUUGCUAUGGUGAUUUACGUAAAAUGGUAUGGACCUUGGUUGUACUGGUUCUUCGAUAAUCGACUAUCAUUAUUUGCUAGAUCAAGACAAUGCACGUGAUGUCUGACACUCAUGGUCGUUACAUGGUCUCCGAUAUUUGACACUCGGCACUAAAGACUUGAUGUGGACAAUCGUCUCUACGUAGACACCAUUCAACACUGUUCGAAAGUGUGUUUUUAAGCUUAUAGCUUCCUACACAAUCGAACUACAAAACUAACUCUGUUCAUCUCGAACAUAGUUUACUCGAUGUCAAUAUUUUUUAAUGUUGUAUCAUGCUAAUCCACACGUUGUUCUAAAUUAAGGCUGUGCUGUCCAAACAUGGCCUUAUAAUUACAUUUACUAUAUUGCUUGUUUGCAAUGGGUAUAAUUGUCUUUUUUCCUUUAACUCCAUAUUCGCACUUAUGAUUUCAUCUGAAUAUUAGAAAAAUGGUCAAAUUGAUAAGAAGGAAUAUGUGACGAUGUCAGGACGUAACGCAGAUGAUGCGGAGUGGUCUUUGGAUAUGCAUGUGAAAAUGAAAAUAGUUUUAAAAUUCCAUUCAUUCUACAAAAUGGUCAAAAUAACGGUAUUCAACUAUCUUUUCAAUUUUCAGAAUGCAAACCUAGGACAAACCUGAGUUCGGCAUCAGUUUUUGUACAUGUACAAACAUCCCAUUUAAAUUCCGUUAACUACAUCUUACAUAUGCAGAUUGUAUUCAGUUAUUUUACAUUUUUGUAAAAAUGUCAAGUGCAAAUACAUUUAUAUUUGCUUUGUCUGAACGCCUUUGAAGUUUGAUUUCUGUCAUCAUAGAUAAAGGAAGGUGUAAAGAAAUCAGUCUGACAAAAUGUUGAUUGAAAACGUCUGGUAAGAAUGUGCCAGGCGACUUUAUUUUUAGAAAAGAUAAAUAAAUAUUGAUUCUGUUUAAGUGUCAAACAUUUUAUCAAGAUGGACGCUGUAACACUUAAUCAUUUAUUUUGAAAUUAUACAACUUUUAUUUGGAACACAGAAAAUUGUUCUGGUACUAUAUGGUACAAUUUUUAGUGGUUUGUUGUUAUGAUUAAUGUAAAUAUUUAUUGUAUUAUAUACUUUCAAUUAUAGACCAAUUCACUUUAAAGGUACGAUAAGAAUUUUAUGUGUUAUUUUUUUAAUUUUCUUUAGGAAAACUAUAUGCUCUGCUUGAAACCUGCAAUAUUGAAAGGAGCAAAACGUGCAAUAUCAAAUCAACUACAUAUAAAACUAUAAGCUUUUUGUGCUAGGUAUCGAAGCUGCUGUGUAUGGAACUUAUUGCUAUCGCUGUCUUGUAUAAUAGUGUGUAGUGUAGAUACUUCCCUUGCCAAAAGUGGCAGCCAUUUUGUGGGUGAAUAUUAUAUGUAAUAUGAUUGACAAAGUAUGAAAAAAAAAUCUAUAAAAAUAGCUGAUUUAUGUGAACUGAUUUUAUAAAUAUGAAUGAAAAUAUCACAAUAGCAUGCACUAACAUGCUUCAGAUUUUUAUCAGUUUUCAUUAGAGAUUUUUAUCGUAUAUGAUAUAAUGAUUUUGAUAUAUGAUAUAUUGGAAAUUACACUAAAUAUGGCGGCCAGGGGAGGUAAUAAUAGCUAUGAAAGAAGUAUUCUAAAAUGAAAUUUUAGCACAGAAAAAGUACAAAUAUUUUUGAAAGAGUUAACUUCAAUGACUUUAACAUUCAUGUGCUCCAAAAAUGGGCAAUACGUGUUUGCAUAUUUUUUAUAGAAAACUACUUAUCUCAAAAGUUUGGUAUGUUUCAUUUCAGUUUAUUUACAAUAAAAUAAGAUUGAAAUAGUCUCCAUUUUAAGGAUCAUAGUUUCAUUUUGGACACUUUUAGUAUCGUUUUAAAGUAAUAACAAAGUUAUCAUCCUUGUAAAUAUUUAAAAUGGAAGAAAGCAAAUAUUAGCUUUGCCUAUACAUGUAUUAUUCGCAGUAUUUCUGUAAAGCUUGAUUAUUGUUCGUAAUAACGAUUUUACUAUGCAUUUAAAUUUGUAUUUGUUACGAAUAAAAUUAUUAUUUUGUGCAUAUAUAGGUGCUGAUACAGGACUUACAGCUUUUAUAAGUUCACGUCUCUUGGUGACAAUCGAUGGAAUUUCUAUGCAAUUAACUGUCCUCUAUUUUGUAAUUUAGUAAAUCAUUAGGUGUCGAACGUAAAACAUUUGGGACAUAGGUAACUUAUAAAGUAAUAACGAAUUCAGUUGUUCAACGCCAUCACGAUGGUCCCGAUAGUAAAAUGUGCCUUUAAGGAUUUUCAACAAAUGAUGACGAUGAAGAAAAUUUAUGCUUAUAUUGAAAUGCUUUAUGUUAUUUUGCUGUACAUAGUAUAUUUUAUGUUGACAUAUAACUAAUAAAUUGUUGUCUUACUGUG